AGUUGUGUAUGAGCGUGAGUUGUGAGAGUCACUCGCUCUCUGAAGCUGAAAUCAUGCUGGGAUAAAAUAACACAGACAUGCGGAUAUAGAGGAAUUAAAGUGACUGUCUGGCUGCUUCACAGCAGCGCAAAAUGUAAAUGGAAGCUUUAAACCAAACCUUGAACUGUGUCUGAGCAGAACUCAGCCAAAUGCAUACUGGGGUGAACACUGUGCCCCGAUAAACUCUGAAUCUGUAGAGUGUACCUCCACACAGCCACGUGGCAGAGAUGUACCAGGAGGUGGCUUUCCUAGCCGGUAGCACUGAUCAUCAGUUUACCACCUUUCACUUUAACCCUUUGGAGAACCCUCAUGAGAUCAGCAGCAAGAAGGGUGUUUUCUACAAACGGGCCCAACUACAGCGCAAACCUCGCAGACAGGAGGAUGAUGUCUGCAGGCAUCACAUGGGUGUUGUGGACGAGGACACUACGGUUGACCACUCCGCCAUCAUUAACGUUGGCGGCAUCCGUUAUCGCAUACCAUGGUCCACUCUUGAGGAAUUUCCUCUAACCCGAUUGGGGAAGUUACACAGCUGCAGCAAUGCAGAGGAGAUCCUCGACUUGUGCGAUGACUAUGACGCACAUUGCAACGAGUUCUUCUUCGACCGAAGCCCCAGCGCCUUCCGCUCCAUCGUCACAUUCUUGGCAGCCGGGAAGCUUCGUCUUCUGCGGGAGAUGUGCGCGCUCUCCUUUCAGGAGGAGUUGCUGUACUGGGGUGUGGAGGAGGCCAGCUUGGAGUGGUGUUGCUUGAGAAAGCUUCGGCUUCGGCAGGAUGAGCAGCGUGAGAGACUUCGGCAGGAUGAGGAGGACGCCGAGCUGGCCUCACCCCAUUCAUGUGAGGAGGUACCGGGGGUUGGAAGUCAAGAGGCCGGAUGCAUGCACAGUCUCAGAGAAAUGGUGGAGAACCCUCAUUCGGGAAUUCCAGGGAAGAUCUUCGCCUGCCUGUCGGUGGUGUUUGUGGCCAUCACGGCAGUUACACUAUGUGUCAGUACCAUGCCUGACCUAAGAGAAGAAGAAGAGAGGGGUGAAUGCUCUCAGAGGUGCUACAACAUCUUUGUGCUAGAAACAGUGUGUGUCGGGUGGUUUUCUUUGGAAUUCCUGCUCCGUUUCAUCCAGACGCAAAGCAAGUGCUCGUUUCUGCGCACACCCCUCAACAUCAUUGACGUAGUGGCCAUCCUGCCCUACUACAUCACUCUGAUCGUGGACUCGCUGUCUGUGGGCGACCGGCCCACGGGAUCAGGGAACAACUAUUUGGAGAAGGUCGGAUUGGUUCUGCGAGUUCUUCGAGCAUUGCGGAUCUUCUACGUGAUGCGUUUAGCGCGUCACUCUCUGGGGCUGCAGACCCUGGGGUUGACGGUAAGGCGCUGUAUCCGAGAGUUCGGACUACUAUUGCUUUUCCUGUGCGUCGCCAUGGCGUUGUUCUCUCCGUUGGUCUUUCUGGCCGAGAGCGAGUUGGGCGCCAAGCAGGAGUUCACCAGCAUCCCCGGGAGCUACUGGUGGGCUGUCAUCUCCAUGACAACGGUUGGAUAUGGGGACAUGGUUCCACGCAGCAUCCCGGGUCAGGUGGUGGCACUCAGUAGCAUCCUGAGCGGGAUUCUGCUUAUGGCGUUCCCCGUCACGUCUAUAUUUCACACUUUCUCACGUUCCUACCUGGAACUCAAAGAGGAACAGACUCGGGCCGCGAGGCUCAAGCCCGAUUCGCAAGACAGUACCAAAUCCCAGAACAGCGAGGACUCACAGGAUACGGACAGUUCCAUUCACGGCAUUGCUGAAGCCACCGUUGCCCACCGUAGAUCUGUUGCCUUUGCAAGUCAAGCGGCCCCACAGGUUCGGAGGUCACUAAAGUCUUAGAUGACUAUGUGGAAUAGGUGCGCUGCUAUGUAUAGUAUCUUUUUGAAACAGGUGGUUAACAGGUUGGUGGGGUUACAAAAGACAGGAUUGUAUGCCCAAAGCACAAUUAUUUAAAGGGACAGUUCACUCAAAAUGAUUGGUUACUCAUCAU